AUGAGCGACACCAAUGCGCUAUAUAAUCAACCAAUAGUACUAGACAAUGGUUCUGGGGUCAUAAAAGCUGGGUUUGGUGGUGAAGAAAAGCCUAAAUGCAUCGAGUACUCUUUGGUGGGAACUCCAAAAUACAGCAAGGUCAUGGCUGGAGGCCUGGCAAGCGACUCUCAACUAGUUGGAAACGCAGCUCAACGGGAACGGGGACUUUUGAGAUUGCAAUAUCCUUUGGAGCAUGGAAUUAUCAAAGAUUGGCAGAGCCUCGAGGUUUUAUGGACACAUAUAUUUCAAGAAAGCUUGAAGCUGAACAAUCUUGAAGACCACCCUGUAUUAGUGACUGAAGCACCUUUAAAUCCUGCUGGAAACCGUGACAAGAUGUGUGAACUUUUAUUCGAUCUAUUUAAUUCGCCAGCAAUGUACGUCUCUAUACAAGCAGUUCUAGCCCUUUAUGCGGGGGGUAGGACAACAGGAUGUGUUAUGGAUUGCGGUGAUGGCGUCUGUCACAGUGUUCCAGUUUACGAUGGAUUUACUUUACCCUCGGCAGUUCGAAGAAUAGACGUAGCUGGACGAGAUGUAACAGAAUUCCUACAAUUACUGCUAAGAAAGUCGAUAGGUGUUACGCUUCUGUCGAGUUCAGAAAGAGAGAUCGUGAGGAUGAUGAAAGAAAAAGCCUGCUAUGUUGCCACAAAUAUAGCAAGCGAGGAGCGUAAAUAUGGUGGUGCAAGUGGACCAGAGUCGCAUACUAAAUUUAAGUUGCCAGAUGGCAAGGUCAUCUCGAUAGGAGCCGAGAAGUUUCGAGCACCUGAGGUUCUGUUUCAGCCAGGACUUAUAGGAUCUGAGUGUGAUGGUGUGGCAGAAAUGUGCCAUCAAAGUAUAUCAAAAGUUGAUUUGGAUCUAAGAUCCUCCUUAUGUUCAAAUGUGGUGCUCAGUGGAGGCUCGACAUUGUUUCCUGGUUUUGGCGACAGAUUACUGAACGAGCUGCGCACGAAAUGUGGACCCAGCACUAAGGUCAAGAUAUUCGCUCCGCCCGAGAGAAAGUACAGCACCUGGAUCGGUGGGUCAAUUCUGGCCGGACUAACGACAUUUGAGAAACUCUGGGUGACGAAGGCAGAAUGGCAAGAGAAUCCUCAAUGUGUGCACUCCCGCUUUAUGUAA